UGUGAGUUCCACGUUGGCCCCGGACGUGGCAUCAGGAAAGGACACGAACGGUGCUCGCCUUUUCCUCACUUCGAAGUCAUAAACUGAGCUAACCACACGUUUUGUAUUAUAUCAGCAACAUUUAGGAAAGGUGCUGAAAUUUAAAUAAAAAAAUGGGGCUUACCAUUUCGUCAAUCUUUUCUCGGCUGUUUGGCAAGAAACAAAUGAGAAUUCUGAUGGUUGGAUUGGAUGCAGCAGGGAAAACGACGAUCUUGUACAAAUUAAAAUUGGGAGAAAUUGUGACCACCAUUCCAACUAUUGGUUUCAAUGUGGAGACAGUGGAGUACAAGAACAUCUGCUUCACUGUUUGGGAUGUGGGUGGCCAGGACAAAAUCAGACCCCUCUGGAGACACUAUUUUCAGAACACACAGGGCCUUAUCUUUGUAGUGGAUAGUAAUGACCGAGAAAGAGUGGCAGAGUCUGCAGAGGAACUUUCUAAGAUGCUGCAAGAGGAUGAGCUGAGAGAGGCAGUGCUGCUGGUGUUUGCUAACAAGCAGGACCUUCCAAAUGCCAUGGCCGUCAGUGACCUCACAGACAAACUGGGCCUACAGAGCCUCCGCAGCAGAACUUGGCACGUACAGGCAACCUGUGCCACCCAGGGAACAGGACUCUACGAAGGACUAGACUGGCUGUCCAACGAACUGUCCAAGCACUAAAGUGAAACAACAGGCCGACUGGAGAGAGGGGGAGAGAG